AUGGAAUCAGCAGCUUCAUCAUCCUCGGAAAUUGUUACAUCAAUAAUUAGAAAUCCAACAGUCAUCAAUUGCCCACAUUGCAAUUCUAAAAUUCUCAGGGAAAAUAUGGGAUUGCUCGUGGAGGAUACAACCUUUGAAUUACCUGUGAAGGAUAUUACCGAUACCAAAUCAUACAACAGAUGGUAUCAAUUAAAAGACAUGUUUGAUUUUGAAAAUAUUGGAUUUACGAAAAACAAGAGUGGUACUGCACAGGAAAUUAAAUAUCUGACUUGCGCCGAUUGUGAAAGAGAAGCAAUUGGUAUUGCCUUUAUGAACGAGAAGAAGUUUUAUUUGGCCAUCGAUUUGGUUAAAGAACAAUAA